CCGAACGGUUCACCGGGGCCGCAUCCGAGCCACGAAUCUUCGAGCAUAGCACACAUACACGCGUACUAGUGGUUGGUGUACGCGCGCGCGCCCACCCGCCACAUCUGGUGGUCCCAUGAGAGUGAUCGCGUGACUUGAUCCUCAUCAUCUGCAGCAGCAGCAGCAGCUGAGCAUCGUUGUGUGGUGAAUAGUGAAUCUGUGCUCCCCUUGCUCGUGACUUGGUGUUGUUGGCCCUUGUAUUGUUGUCGUUUGUCGCGUUUGUUACCGCCAAGGUAAGGGAUAGGACCGCCGAAAAACCAGAGAGCGGCGUUGGAAGCAAGGGCGGUUCGCCGCGCACUGAUCGGAAUGUCACUGGCGUGUUGUUGUUAUUGUUAUUGUUAUUGUUGUUGUUAUUGUGUGGUGACCGGUAAAGCGUGAGAGUGUACGGCGCAACUCCACAUCUGCUUUCCUCCAUCACCACCUCUUCUAAUUGGAAGACAUCAUCACCGUGUGGACCAUUCUUCAAUCAGCCUCAGUUCGCUUUGAGAGAAACAGAUUAACGAAUUCACGUGUUUAUGUGUAUCCUGGCCCAGGUCUCUGUGUGUGUAUGGCACGACCGAAUGAUAAGGAAGGACACAACGAAAGUGAAACCGAUUGUUGUUGUAGAACCGAAACGCUCGUUAAUCUGAGUAGCCAGUACCAGCGUCCACUCCGGAAAAAAAAGUCCCUGUGAAUGCCGUACGGUAAUGUAGAGCAACGGUUGGCGCCGACUCGCAAGCGGAACGAUACGGCGGCGCUACUCAGCAUGGAGCAGCUCGAGCGGGAAAUCCGCAAGGAGAUCGACGAGAUGAACACGAGCGUAUCGCUGGUGGACCGGCUCGAGGCGGGCGACACGAUGGACGAGGAGCGACGGGAAGAGCUGUUAUCGUCGACCCGGGCCGCCUUCGACAGCAACGUGAACGCGAACAACGUCAAGAACAGCCUCACCGACUCGCAGAUCUCGAUCAUCUCGAAGCACGACGGCUACCUGGACUCUGGCCACUUUUACAGCACACCGUCGGCUGCUGAUAAGGAACCGAGCGGGGGCGGCAGUGGCGGUGCAGUAAAUCUAACAUUCGAUCCGAGCGGCGAAGAACCACACCUCGGCCACCAGGACGCACCGGCCACUGCACUCCGAUGUUCGACCAAGAAGAAGGAGCGCGCUGCGGAGGAACAGCGGCAGGGAGGCGAGAAUGCGCCGGGCAAGCAGACGGCUUCGGCGAAACAGUCAGCGGCGAAGCAGCACCAACAGCCCGCUGGGGCAAAGGGCCAACAGCAGCAGCAGCAGCAGCAUCAGCCACCCGGAGCCUCGCUGGCCAAUCUGCUGUUCGCGAACAAUGCGGACGCCGGUGCGGCGGCGGCGGCCAAGCGCAACAGCAGUAGCAAGCUCCCGUCGACGAUUGGGCUCGGUUUGGUGCAGCUGGUGUUGAGCGUGAUGUUGGCCGCACUCGGUGGCCUCGUGAUCGCCCGGAAUGCGUCCCUGGCGAUGGCCGGUACCGGGCUAUGGUGCGGGGCGAUCGCCGGUAUCGCCGGUUCGCUCGGGCUCAUGAACAUCAAGAUGGCGAAGACGGGCUUCCUGGCGGUCAACCUGAUCUGCGUUGCCUCCAGUACGCUCGGGCUCGCCCUCGCCGGUAUCGGCGCGGUCCGGGAUGCCAAUAUGGCUCAGCAGGAUGAGCAAAUUUGGGGUGCGGUCACAGCCGGAACCGGACUGCUGGUGACACUGGCCAUACACUUCCUGGUGAGCGUGUUCUCCGUCUACUACUCGGCCCUGAAGCUCUGCUCUAGACCUUCACAGAAACACCAGAUGCUGGAUAACGUCAUGCACAGCAGCUCUCAGGCGUUCAUGACGCAGCAGAAGGUGGAAGAUUACAUUAAUUCGCUGCGCAUGGAACCGGGUAUUAAGGAUAUGAUGUACCAGACGAUGCUGAAGCGAAGCUGCGGAUCGAUGUACGGCGAGAAGCACCGGCUGGGCGACUCGAACUAUAGCAACGGUAACUCGCACCGGCUCAUGCUGGUUCCUGCCGGCGCCGGCAAUGGGCUGCCGUCGAUGAUUCCUAUGUACCCGGGCGUGCAAUCGGGAUCGCCCAGUAACUCCUCGAUGAUGUAUCCGCCUUCUAUGAUUCCGCACGGGCUGCCGCAAUAUCAGCCUUACCCGGAGAGUGCGCUGAUGGAGGCGCAAAUAUCCCGGGCUAACCGGAAGCGAUCGACGAUGCGCAUGAACCACGAACGGAACAGUGCGGAAAUGGAACGGCCCCGGCGCAAGUCGGACUCCGAUCUGGAGAAAACGUUCACGUACACCGGGCUGGAUCGCGACAUUGCUGACAGCUACUUGGCGAAGGAGGAGGAAAAGCUGACCAGCAGCAUCGUCAGCAACAGUGGACAUCAUCCUUCACCGCCACACACGUACCACCACGAUCUGAUGCUGAUCGAUCAUCGAACAAACUUCGAGCAAUACAAUGGCAUCAAUAUGUGAGCAGCGAACCAUUAGAGUUCAGGGAAGGU